CGCUCACUCUGACUCUAGGCGGCUUGGUGGCGUCCUUAGCUCCGCGACUGUUUGCUGGAAUAUUCCGGGAAACGGUUUAAUUUAGUCAUGGAGGGACUUAAUGAUUUUUGGGAAACUAACGUUAUUCACGUAAAACAGAGCCAAUAGGCAUCAGAGGGAGAGGACAUGAAUGGUUGGGGUUUUAUUUGACUUUGGAGACUUUUUACGCAUAUGGAUGAAUGCCUCAUCAGAUGUGGACAUGGCCACGUAGCUCAACAGUUUGUUUGUGAAAGAGUGACUUUAUUUAGAGUCGGACGCUUUUAAUAACUUGGUUUAAAGAUAUUUUAUGCAGAAAUCGUAAUUUUUUGGACACAUCUCAAGUGGCCUUAUAACAGCUAACCAGCAAAAAAAAAAAAAAAAAAUUCUAUAGACUGGAAUAGAGGACUAUUUAUAUCUUUAAACGGAAUUAUUACAGAAAUCAAUUGUAAGUGGAUCAAAUGGCAGAGGAAUAUGAACAGUCCGGUGCGUCAGAGUUUAUUAAAGACCGGCUGUACUUUGCCACUCUGCGUGUCAAACCAAAGAAUACAGCCAACACACACUACUUCAGCAUGGAUGAGGAGUUCAUAUAUGAGAGUUUCUAUGCAGAUUUUGGGCCCCUCAACCUGGCCAUGCUGUACAGAUACUGCUGCAAAGUCAAUAAGAAGCUCAAGUCUUUCACAAUGUCUAGAAAGAAACUGGUCCACUACACCAGUUAUGACCAGAAGAAGAGAGCAAAUGCUGCUCUUCUCAUUGGUGCCUAUGCUGUAAUCUACUUAAAAAGAAGCCCAGAAGAAGCCUACAGGACUCUGAUCUCAGGAAACAACAUAGGCUACUUGCCAUUCAGGGAUGCUGCAGUGGGAGAGUGCUCCUUCAACCUUACUGUUCUCGACUGCUUACAAGGAAUACGCAAGGCAUUACAGCAUGGUUUCUUUGACUUUGAAAGUUUUGAUGUGGAGGAAUAUGAACAUUAUGAGCGAGUAGAAAAUGGGGAUAUGAACUGGAUCAUUCCAGGGAAAAUUCUGGCAUUCAGCAGUCCUCACCCUCGCAGUAAGAUAGAAAAUGGUUAUCCUCUGCACGCACCAGAGGCGUAUUUUACAUACUUUCACCAAAAUGAUGUCACAGCCGUAGUCCGUUUAAACAGGAAGUUAUACGACGGCAGGAGGUUUGAGGAUGCAGGAAUUGAGCAUCAUGACCUUUUUUUCCUGGAUGGGACCACGCCCUCUGACCUCAUCGUCAGGCGCUUCCUGCAUGUGUGUGAAAGUACUGAAGGAGCUGUGGCUGUGCACUGUAAAGCUGGCCUGGGCCGUACAGGCACUCUGAUUGGCUGCUACCUGAUGAAGCACUUUCGGUUCACUGCAGCUGAGGCCAUCGCAUGGAUCAGAAUUUGCCGACCUGGAUCCAUCAUUGGUCCCCAGCAGAACUUCUUAGAGGAGAAACAGCACAGUUUAUGGGUCCAGGGUGACGUCCAUCGCUCCAAACAGAAGAUCCUUCAGCAGAGACUGAGCCGACGGCAGCAGCUACAGCAACAGCGUCAACAGCAGCAGCUUCACAGCCCCGACUCUGAGGGGGGGAAACAGGAAGCCAUGUCCCACCUACUCUCAAGCAUGGAUGACCUGUCAAUUAAGACCACCCUCUGCAAAUCAUACAGUUUGGAUGAGAAUAACUGUCAGGAAGGCAGUCUGACUCAGGGAGACAAACUCAGAGCACUGAAGGGAAAACGACCACCAAGAUCAGCCUCCUCAUCCUCAAGGUUAAACCUGUCCAAGGCCUCUCAAUGCUCCAUUCUCCCACCCCCUAAGUCCCCGAAAGUUCCCCUCUCCUUCUCCUCCUCUUCCUCCUCUUCUAAGAGGCUGUUAAGAAGCUCGUCCUCCACCGCCACGCAAAUCAAAAGUCCAUUCAGCCUCAGUCUGUUCAGCACCAGGCCUUCUGUCAUUCACUGACUUCACAGUUUGGACCUUUCCAUUCUGCUCACAGUUGACUGAGGAGGACAUCAAAACUGGACUACCAACAUGCUGCUGUUGUCUAGGCCUUAAACAUUUUUUCACCUUUGACAAAUGUUUUAAUUAUUUGUCUUACAAAGUACCUGCACGGACUCACAGAAUACAGAGGUCUGUAGAGUCAACUCAAAGUAGGGAAACACAUAUUUCUUUAACACUGGCACCCAAAACACAUCUCCAGUCUCCAGUAGAUAAAAGCAAAUGGUAUGUUGGAAGAUAAAACACACAAAAUUGCGGAAAAAUAAUGUAAUUUCACAUACAUGUAUUAAAUAAUGAUGAACAAACUUUAAUUAGUAAACAGGUUUAUUAUUGACAAAUCUACGUACAGUACUAGUAGGCUGAAAACAUCUGCAAGUACUCAAGUACAAGUAGUAACAAAACAAUGUACAUGUACCAUUUCAAGUAAAAGUCCUGCUUUCAAAAGCCUACUAAGUAUUAGUGCAGAUGUAUCAUUAGCAAAGUGUACUUUAAGUAACAAACUGCUCAUUAUGGUGAAUGGCCCCACUCAGAGUUUUAUAUAUUUUAUAGGAUCAUUAUCCCUCAUGUUUUGACUGCUUAACAGUAUUUUACUCUUGCAGCUGGUUGAAGCGGAGCUGAUUUCAGCAACUUUAUAAAGAGGUGGACUGUUUAACCUGCAAAAACCUCAACAUUGUGAAGACUUUUUCUGGCAGUGAUAAUUGGUAUGGGUGCAAAAAUACUUGUAAAAGUACUUGCAAAGAGUUAUAAAGACAUAAAAUAGACUAUAAAUAUAAUGUUGUUUUCCUCCAGAGGAUAUUCAUUUACAGGCUGUUGAAUAAAAAGAAAUACCAACUUUGGAUGGUACCAUCACCAUACUGAGAACAAUGCUGCUGUAAGCACCUCUCAAUAAUUAACAUACUUUACAACUGAGUUUUAGCAUGUGACAGAGAGACGAUUUUGGUGUCAAGGCUCAGGUGAAGUUUUAGAGUCCUCACAUCACUUGCGGAGAUCCGA